UUAUGCUACAUCCUGUAUAUAUAAAUGUGACAGCAGAAAUAACAUCAGCAGAUGGACUCAUUGAUUAGAUGCUGUUAGGAGUUUUACUUUACAUUUAGGAAAUAUUUGAGCUUUAGGAAAAUGGCAAACCACUAUAAAAAAAAUCAGCAUUCAAAGCUAAUAGAAAUUGUUUGAAAAAUAUGAGUUUGUCAACUUCUUUAAUUAUCUGAUUUCCACUCUCUGCACAGAGAAAUAUAUCAAAAUACAAUCGUCCAGCAAUGACUCGUAUCUCGCCAGAAUAUCGAACGAGAUCAUGAUGACUCAGGGAGAAUGGAAACUGGAAAAGAUGGACACCAUCCAYUAUUUAACUGAAAACAGCUCCAGUAGCAAACUAGUGUACACGGUAAGAAGAUAUUUGUGCAGYAAGUUCUGUAACAAAUGUUCAGCAUGCAGUUAUUUGUUUAUUUUAUGUUUGACCAGGUUACCCUGCAGAGGAAACCGUUUCUUUAUGUCAUUAAUCUAAUAAUGCCUCUGCUGUUCCUGCUGGUGCUGGAUUUGGCCUCGUUCUUCAUCAGCGAGGACAGUGGGGAGAAGCUGGGCUUCAAAGUGACGAUCCUUCUGUCCAUCUUUGUUUUACUGCUGAUUCUUAAAGACAUCCUCCCAUCGACUGAAGACAACCUGCCGGUGAUGGCCAUCUACUGUGUUGUGGUUUUCUCCCUGGUGUGGAUCAGUGUCCUGGAGGCCAUGUUGGUCAGGUUCUUAAUGAACCUCCACAGUUCUCACGGUGAGGAUGAUCCAAACUCAGAAGUCAAAGUUCAAAUUCAGCAAGCUCCUCACAAAGAACCUGCUGGAGCUGAAGAGAAAGAUCAAGCGGACAAGAGCCACUUCCCCCUGGAGGAGCUCGGUGACCACGACCUGCUGAAGCUAAUCCAGGACAAAUUAAAAGCUGCUCAACUGGAAGCUGAACGGCAGAAAAAAAGAGGGAAAAAAGCUGGAUUCUGCAGAAAACUGGCUACGGUCAUUGAUGCCGUCUUCUUUGUGUUGUAUCUCGUUACUGUGGUGCUUUCUCAGGUGUGCUUGUUCAUCGUGUGGAAUUUACCGUAGUUUUACACCAGAUUACUGUCUUUAUUCUGUCAGAGCACGCUUUGAAUUGAAAAUGAGCUUUUUAUUUCUAAUUUUAAAACAUGAAAGUAUCCCUUUAAACUGUAUGUUUCUCCUCACCUUCUAUUAAAUUCUAUAUUUUUGUUCAAUUAUUUCCAGCUGUAACAAAUAUAUCAAAACAAUAAACAAAUUAUUGCUUGAAAAUAUUGUUUCUAAUUUAAUCAAUCUUUWUCCUUACAGCUGAUAAAGACGAGACUAUCAGGACUUUGUAAUGUUUUCACUUUCGUUUUCAUAAACAUUAAGAGCUACACAAAAUAUAGACUACAUUAUAUUUUAACAAUUUCUUGUUAGAAAUACAAAUUUUCUCCAUAUAAGCAAGGUURGUGGAAAGUAGGAGUGCGGCAGAAUGUUAGAAAAGAAUGUUUAACUUCUAAUAUUUAGAUAUUAGAAAUCUGAUUCAUAAAUCAGCAUGCAAUUUAGCAAACAUAUAAAAUCACAAACUAUUUGCAGAUUAGGUCAUGUUUGCAGUUUCGUCACUUGCAGUCCGUCACUGAGGUCCUCCAUCCACAUGACAGAGAGG